GUUUCAUCCAAUGCCAACAACAAUACUGCGCAAGAACUCGAUUUCGGACCCCAGCCUUUCCGGCGUUAAAUGCGCCAACUGCAUCUCCUCGGCUACCUGCUGUACAGUACACUGCAUACUGUGCCUACUGCGUGAGAUGCAUUGGUGCCUACCUCAGGUAUCCUCAAACCCCCCACUCUCGCCCUUAAUCCUCGUCCUCGCUCCCCAACUGCAAGUCCGCAAUAAACUCGCGUCCAACUCGAGCACAACAAUUUACCCAGGUACGGUCGGUCAGUCAGUAUGUCCAGCAGCAAACAGCCUCUCGAAGCGGAAGGGAAGAGCCGGCCAUCGUCGCCAUCGCCCGAGGUCGUCCCGCCAGCCGAGGAUGCAGAACAGGAUGACUUCGAGAGGGACAGCGUGCGCCGGUUACGAAGGCGGAUGCGAAAAAUAGCGCGAGCCAAGGGGAAACCGUUCCCCGACUCACCACCUCCGCUACCCUCGUUGACCGAGUCGCACCCGCUGGCAAGGGAGCUGCUCGAUGCCGGUGGCGAGGUUAUCUAUAAGAAGAUCAGUUCCUGGGUCGUCAAGCACGGAUGCGGCACCAGGGUGACCAAGUUCGACCGGGACGGGAUCCGCCCUUCCGAAGUCGAAGCCAUGCAAUUCGUUUCCGAACACACCACCAUUCCGGUGCCCCGCGUAUACGACGUUGGCGAGAAACAUCUUACCAUGGAGCUGAUUGAGGGUGAGACGAUCGCGAAGGCGUGGGAGAACACGCUUUCGGCCGAGGACAGGGCUCUCGUGUCGCGCCAGCUGCGCGAUUACAUCAGCCAACUGCGCGCCAUCAAGAGCCCUGACGGCGUCAUCUGCUCGUUUGGCGGCCGCCCCGCUAUUGACACCGCGCGCUUUUAUCCCUUGGAGGGCGGGCCGUUCGCUGACGAGGCCGCUUUCAACGACUUCCUGCUCACCGGCCUGGCCGAGAGGAGCCCGAACGUGCCCGGCAUAAUCCGCGGGCAGAUGCGAGAGGACCACGAGAUCGUGCUGACGCACGGCGAUCUGCAUGGCAUCAACAUCAUAGUGCGGCCGGGGGUCGGCGUCGCGGCCAUCAUCGACUGGGAGCUGGCCGGCUUCUACCCGGAGUACGUCGACCUAGCCAGGCUGUUCAGCUACGCCGACUGGACGUGCGGCUACUACCACGAGCUGCUCAACAUCUUCCCGCAGCGGUACGACGCCGAGUGCGUGGUCGAAAUGGCCCGCCGGUCCUGGUUCCGUUAAAAUCGCGUGGGCCUUGGGCGG